AUUGCGGCAAUGCCAUGGCGGUAAUGGCAGGUUUAGGUUGCAUUUUUUUGUUUUUUAAAAUUUGAGGGUUAUUUUGGUAAUUUGGAAAACCCAGAACAGAUAUCACCUUUUCACAGAAUCCCCUGUGGCGCUGCUGGAAGAACCACCGGCGGCGCGCCACCAUCCGGCUCCAACUCUCCCGUUCUCUCUGCUGCUGGAGGCGCAGUUCGAAGCUAUCGCCGAGACGGACGCGCCAUCUCCUACGCAGCUCCAGUCUGUUCCCUUUUUUCUGUAACUCAAUGUGUUGCUACUUGCCCAAGUCAUGUUAAACAAUGCAGCAAAACUAAUGAAGGGAAUAUGUAUUUCCCUUCUCAAAUGCUGUAAAAGUAUGUCCCAGCUCAAGCAAAUACAGACCCCGAUAUGUACUGUGGGUUUACAGCAAGACAGGCACACCCUGAACAAGCUCAUGGCCUUUUGCGUCCACUCAUCUGUUGGAGACUUUCACUAUGCACACAGAAUCUUCAACCAUAUCCACGAGCCUAGUUUGUUUGUAUACAAUAUCAUGAUCAAAGCACUUGUGAAAAGGGGUAGUUUUAGAGAGGCCGUAUCUCUCUUUGGGCGAAUGAGGUAUGAUGCCAUGUCACCGGAUAAUUAUACGUAUCCUUAUGUUUUGAAGGCUAUUGGUUGCAUUGGAGAGGUUCAUGAAGGGGAGAAGGUUCAUGCCUUUGUGGUCAAGACUGAACUGGAGUCUGAUCCAUAUGUUUGUAACUCACUGAUGGAUAUGUAUGCUGAAUUGGGUAAAGUUGGUUGUUUCAAACAGCUAUUUGAUGAAAUGCUUGAGAGAGACACAGUUUCUUGGAACAUCAUGAUUGCAGGAUAUGCAAGGUGUGGGAAAUUCCAAGAUGCUAUUGAUGUUUUUCAGCAAAUGCAAAAAGAAAGCAAUGAGAAGCCUAAUGAAGCCACAGUUGUAGGUACUCUGGCAGCUUGUUCAGCAUUGAAAAAUAUCAAAGUUGGCAUGGAAACUCAUAAUUAUAUUAAAAAAGAACUAGAUUUAACGGCCAAAAUAGGGAAUGCAUUGUUAGAUAUGUAUUGUAAGUGUGGGUGUUUGAGUGAAGCACAGAAAAUUUUUUAUGAGAUGCCAGGAAAAAAUGUGAAUUGCUGGACUACUAUGGUAGCUGGGUAUGUAAAUUGCGGUCAGCUGGAUGAAGCUCGAGCUUUGUUUGAGAGAAGCCCCUCUCGGGAUAUUGUUCUUUGGACUGCUAUGAUUAAUGGGUAUGUGCAAUUUAAUCGUUUUGACGAGGCAAUUGCAUUAUUUCAGGAGAUGCAAAACAUAGGAAUCAACCCAGACAAGUUCAUUUUGGUCAGUCUCCUUACUGGUUGUGCUCAAUUGGGGGCUCUAGAGCAAGGCAAGUGGAUUCAUAAUUACAUAGAUGAGAGCAGAAUCAAAGUCGAUGCCGUGGUUGGUACUGCACUGAUUGAAAUGUAUGCUAAAUGUGGUUAUAUAGAGAAAUCUUUGGAGGUUUUUUACGGAUUGAGGCAAAAGGAUACUGCGACAUGGACUUCAAUUAUUUAUGGGCUUGCCAUGAAUGGUAGGGCAAGCAAAGCUCUUGAGCUAUUUGAAGCAAUGGUAACAUUUGGGGCAAGACCGGAUGGGAUUACCUUUAUUGCUGUGUUGAGUGCAUGUUGUCAUGGAGGAUUGGUAGAAGAAGGCCGUAAAUAUUUUCAUUCCAUGAAAAGAAUAUAUCUUGUUGAGCCAAAAUUAGUACACUACGGGUGUUUCGUUGACCUUCUUGGUAGAGCUGGACUAUUAGAUGAAGCGGAGGAGUUGAUAAAGAAGUUUCCAGAUCAAAACAGUGAGAUGAUAGCUCCACUUUAUGGUGCUUUGCUAAGUGCCUGCAGACUUCAUGGCAAUAUCGAUAUGGGUGAAAGGCUUGCUAUGGCACUAGCAAAAGUUAAAUCUAGUGAUUCGAGUCUUCAUACACUUCUUGCUAACAUUUAUGCUUAUGCUGACAAAUGGGAAGAUGUGAGCAAGGUGAGAAGUAAGAUGAAAGACAUGGGAAUAAAGAAGGUUCCAGGAUGUAGUGCUAUUGAGGUCAAUGGGAACAAGGGUACAGCGUGGUCGCUUUCCCAUUUUACAGCCAAUAGUGGUCUUCCUACAUGAGAUAGCUAAUCAGCAAUUCGUCUGAUAACCUAUAAACGUGUGGGUAAUUUUGCUCAAAUGAUCUUCAUGUGUAAAAUUGUUAAAUUUUUUGCUCUUAAAUCCCACAAGUGAGUUGCACAUUGAAUAUUGAAUUCAUAUAAUGCUACAAAAAUAUGCAAUUAUGUAA